AGUUGGCAGCCCCGCAACUGGGAUUUGUAAAAUAUAAACAAAUCGUAAACAACUAAAAAAUGUUUGCCGGUCGUUUGAUGGUCCGUUCGAUCGUUGGUCGGGCAUGCUUGGCCACCAUGGGCAGGUGGUCAAAGCCCCAAGCACACGCCAGCCAAGUGAUCCUGCCCAGCACACCAGCGAUAGCCGCAGUUGCUAUUCAAUGCGAGGAAUUCACUGCCAACCGGCGAUUGUUUAGCAGUCAAAUUGAGACGGAAUCCACAUUGGACGGCGCCACCUACGAGCGUGUGUGCUCCGACACCCUGGACGCACUGUGCGACUACUUCGAGGAGCUGACGGAGAACGCCUCCGAGCUGCAGGGCACGGAUGUGGCUUACAGCGAUGGCGUGCUAACCGUGAACCUGGGAGGACAACACGGCACCUAUGUGAUCAACCGGCAGACGCCCAACAAGCAGAUCUGGCUCAGUUCGCCCACCAGCGGUCCCAAGCGAUACGAUUUCGUCGGCACUGUGGCGGCGGGCAGAUGGAUCUACAAGCACAGUGGUCAGUCGCUGCACGAACUGUUGCAGCAGGAGAUACCCGGCAUACUGAAGUCACAGUCCGUGGACUUCCUACGCCUGCCCUACUGUAGUUAAUUCCGUGAUUAGUUUAAAUUCUCCUCCAUAAAAAGUCGGUUGAAACGUUCGAUUUUGAUAUAUUUAUUGUUCUUCAUCUGUUGGCACAGUGGUCACUCGAUAUACAUGGAACUGCUGCUGCUGCGGAUGAGCAAAGGUAUAUACUUAUACUUCCCUGGAGCUGUGAAGCUUAGCUUCUGGUAUAAAUGCUUUGCAUUCGCUUAUUCAUUUAUGUACGAUUAGUUUUGGUUUCGAAGUUUAAAUUUGUUGUUUUUGAGAGGAAUAAACUUAAAAAUCAGUUGUUUAAUGUAU